UUCCUCCUCCUGGGGCAGGGACCAAAAGGUGCCUUUGCUUGCAGAGGAAGAGGCAAAUGUUGAGAGAAGAGCAGUUCAGACCACAGAGGGCUGGAGAACAGCAGCUUCACUUAGUGGAGAAAGGACAAAAAUCCAACAGGAGCAGGAGAUGUUUGCCAUAGAAAUAGUGAGAGGGGCAAAGCAAGAAAGGAUCCAUUUGCUGUGAAUCUGAACAUCAGAUUGGGCAGAAGGCUUUUUCUCUCUCCUAUUCCACCCAAGGGGCUUCUCAUGGCAGGACGGACAUCCUCUUUAGACUGUUCUGAUCUCAUUGACCACAGCCACAUCCCUGAGUUUGAAGUGUCUCCUUGGAUUAAGAUCACUUUGGCCUCCGUGUAUGUCUGCAUCUUUGUUGCGGGCAUCCUGGGCAACAGCAUCACCAUCAAGGCCACCAGGAUCCUGCAGAAGAAGGGCUACCUGCAGAAAGAGGUCACAGACCACAUGGUGAGCCUGGCCUGCUCUGAUCUGCUGGUCAUCCUGCUGGGUAUGCCCAUGGAGUUCUUCAGUGCCAUCUGGAGCCCCUUUUCUACUCCCAAUGGCAAUGUGGCUUGCAAGCUCUACUACUUCCUCUUUGAAGCCUGCAGUUAUGCCACUGUGCUGCAUGUAGCCACACUCAGCUUUGAGAGGUAUGUGGCUAUCUGCCACCCCUUUAAGUUCAAGGCCGUCUCUGGACCCCGCAAGGUGAAGCUGCUCAUCGCUUUUGUCUGGGGGAUGUCUGUCAUAGUGGCUCUGCCUCUGCUCUUUGCCAUGGGCACAGAAUACCCCCUGGAAGCUAUUGAGGGCUACCAAGGUAUGACUGCCUGUGACAAGCCUAUGCCCAGGCACCACCUUCCUGAUCUGAAACACAAUAUGACCAUCUGUACCAGCCUCUCCUCCAAGUGGUCUGUCUUUCAGGCCAGCAUCUUCAGUGCCUUUGCUGUGUACAUCAUAGUUUUGGGAUCUGUCACAUUUAUGUGCCACAGCAUGAUGAAGACCCUGAUGAUCCACAAGAAAGGAACUGUGGCUGUGAAGGGUGGACUAAAACACCAGGAACAGUACCUAAGAAAAAGUGAGAGCUCGGAGGGCAAGAGCUCCAGGAGACAGAUAAUUUUAUUCCUGGGACUGAUUAUUGCAACUCUGGCUGUAUGCUGGAUGCCAAACCAGGUUAGAAGGAUCAUGGCUGCUGCUAAACCAAAACAGGACUGGACCGUCCCCUACUUCAGAGCAUACAUCACUCUUCUUCCCAUUGCUGACAUCUUCUUUUAUCUCAGCUCGGUGGUGAACCCCCUCCUGUACAACAUCUCUUCUCAGCAGUUCCGCAGCGUGUUCCUGCAGGUCCUUCGCUGCCACCUGACCAUACAGCAUGCCAACAAGGAGAAGUUUCUCAGAGCAAACCAGAGCUCCAGAGCAAGGAGCAGCCGGUCUCUGCGCCCACUGCUUUUCAUGUCGUCUAGGCGCAGUUCUUCUAGGAGGAGCAGUAACAAAGUUUUCUUAAGUACUUUUCAGAAUGAGACCAAGCCUGACUGCAUCCUACAGGAACCAGGACCCGAACCACAGCAGUCCAGCUUGGAAGUAGUGCCCCUAGAGACUAGCUCAGAGCCCAGCCCAGACGCACCAAACGGCCUUUGUGAACAUCAAGUAUGACUUCA